ACGGCGCCAGCUGCUGCGCGAUUGGCUCUGCGGCGCGAAGCCGACUGUGUGAUGAAGUGCGGAAGAAACAAGGGGGGGAAUUCCUGAGCAACCUCCUCCUUGUGUAGAUGGGUUUGAGAGUUGCCCUUGCGGGUUAACGUGCAGUUUAUCCCGAUUAUUUGUCCUGAGAAUGGUGGCGGAGCCGGCGCCGGUGUGUUGACCGCUAGCAGCGGCUUGUUUGCGCUUUCCAGGCGCCUCAGCAAGUCUUCCGGACUCGGCGGCGUUAAGUGGACGUUAGCGCUGCGCUAGCCAAGUCAGAAAGUGCUUUUGGAGACACGCGUCAGUAAGACAGACAUGGUUCAGCCUCAGCCUCACGGAGGCAGUACCUUACAGUGGGAGAUGACCGGAGAGGAAGCUGUAGGUGCUGGCAGCCAAGGGUCACUUAUGGCCAGUUCACAAGGAUCGCUGAGAGUACCACCUGAAUUAGUUGGAAACGAGGUGGUCCACAGACUUCUGGCAGAUAACCACCAGUUACGAGAGGCGCUGAAACGGAGCAACGAUGCCCUAAAGGACAGGUGUGAGGAGAUGGAAGGAUGGCAGCGAAGAUCUAGGGAGGAGAGGGAAUUUCUAAGCUGUAAGUUUCGUGAGGCUCGGGCUUUAGUGGAGCGACUGGCUCAGGAGAAUCAGAGUUUGCUGGGCAAACUCAACCACAGCGCCAACCACUCAGCAACUCAAAGCCCUGGCAGCUUCUCUGAGACUGGAAGUCAAAAGAACUUGGAGAACCCUAAUGCAGAAAGUAAUGGACUAGUUGAUUCUCCUGAGGCCUUAGAAGAAGCUAACCAGAAGCAUGGUGUGGAGGAAGACACUGUUAGGCAGGCAAUGCAUCGAAGCUUGGUAUCUAGUGAGAAUAGCCCCGUCAGUAGUUUCUCUCCCAGUUUGUGUGACAGCCUGCCCUGCGCUGAAGGGUUGUGCUGGGUGGAGGGCGAGGGCAGGGCCUGUCAGCCUAGUGAAGGUUCUAAUGAGUUCCUAAAGCUGCUGAAAAGUCAUAAGGAGAAGUUGGAGGAAGGAAUGAGAGAGCUGAGAAGGAGGAAUGAAGAACUAGAAAAGGAAAAAAUGGAGAGCGAAAAGGAGAAAAAGAGCCUUCUGGCUACUGUGGAUCAGCUCCGUGUCAAAAGGAGUCAGCUCAUGCAGAGUGAUGUUGUAACAGUGGAGACGGUUCCCAACACGAAUGCCAUGACAGUUUCCCCAGAAAGCUCACACCUGGCUAAACUAACAGAGCAGCUUCAGGCUACGCAAGGCAGAUACAGAGAGCUUCAAGAAAAACUGAAUGUCCUAGAGCACAACUCGAUUCAGAGGGACAGAAUUGAGGCUGUACUCAAGCAGAAGGAGAAGGAUUGUGUUCAGCUGACUAAGGACAUUGACGCACUGAGGGCUCAGGUCACGUCUCUUCUUGGGGAACUGCAAGAGCGCCAGACCUGUCUUGAUAAGUGUGAAGAAGAGAGAAGACGUUUAGAGGAGAAGCUGCGCAAUAAGACGGAGAGCCUGCAGAACAUGGAGCGGGAUAUGGAGCAGCAGAAGAAGCAGCACUUCGUCACCAUGGACAAGCUCCUGCUACAGACACAGAACUUGGAGGCAGCGCUGAAGAACGAGCGGAACGUUAUCGUGGAGGAGAGGAGGAAGCUAGCCCAGCUUCAGCAUGCAUACACCUGUCUGUUUCAGGAUUAUGACAACAAGCUGAAAGAGCCUAAACACAGGGAUGGAGAAACAGAGACUCUUACUAGCAGACUGGAGGAUGCUGAGAAAGCACUGGCCUUGAAACAGGCACAUAUUGACAAACUCAAGGAGGAACUAGAGCAACAGAGGUCCUUACAAGAGACUGUUCAAGUGCUUACAGCGCAGGCGGAAAUCUACAAGUUGGACUUCCAAGCUGAGAGAGAGGCACGAGAGAAGCUCAACCAAAAGAAAGAAGAGCUUCAGGAAAAGCUGAAUCGGGCACUGGCUGAAAUCAAUCUACUCAAACAGGAGAACAUGCAGCAGAGACACAAGGACGACUACAGACCUCUUCCACACAUGCCACCUCCUGGGCCAGCGAUGCCUCCUCCGAACCGGAAUCCCCCUGAUGUGCAGCCAGAUUACCGUUGCCCGAAGUGUCAGUACCGUGCUCCAGACAUGGAUACACUGCAGAUUCACGUAAUGGACUGUAUCCAGUGAGAGUGGCUCAGAAAAGCAGUGUCAGGAGUGCAGUUAGGGGGUGGUAUGCAAUCACAGUAACUUUCUUUUACUCAAACAAUCAAAAGAAAAACAAGUGAACUAACAACAAAAUGCACACAAGAACAAGAGUGAGUGAAGAGCUCCACGUGACCUCUGAACUUUGCAACGGUGGUCUUGACAAAGAAAACCGAUAUCAUAUUGAAUGGACGUUUAAUUUUUUGGCAAAUGGAACAGUCCAGUGUUCAGUUUAACAUAUAUUAGUUUCAUGUUAGAAAAGAUGUUCUUUACUGCCUCUCUGUGACAGCAUAAGUACUGCACGUGUGAAUGUGUGUUUCUGCUGUACAGCAUACGUCUAUCAGUGACAAUGUUCCCUUUAUAAAUGUGCUAUUUGUCUCUGGAUGUAUGGGUUCUUUUAGGAUUCAUGCCUGUCCGUGUUAAUAUUGUCUAUUAUCUUGCCUGAAUGUAUUAACAAAAAAAGCUUUGUACAGACUAUUGUUAUGGAGAGAUUUAAUGAAUUAAAGGAUAACAUAUAUAUGGAAA